GUUAAUCAAAUUGGCAAGUUUAUGUCAUGAAUAUUAAUUCAAUUAGUUUAAUCAACAAUUGCAAGUUUAUUUCAGAGAAAUGUUGAUUUGACUAAGCCGCUAAAAUUCGUUUCUAAGGCAACCAACAUGUGUUUCAGUUUUGUUAUGAAAAAUUAAGUUCCGUCAAUUGCUAAAAGUGAUAUUAAUUGCGUUCAAACUGUUAAAUUGGUUGAUGAUUCAAUGACAUCUGAAACUCGAGAGAUUUGAUUAGUCUAUCUAUCUCAUUUAAGAACUCAACGGUAAUGUUGAAAUUUUCUACAAUACGAUUCUUGGAUGGAUUUGGUUCUCAAUUCAUUCGAAGUGGUUACUCAAAUUGUUUUAAAGUUGUAUAUUUCGCUGAUAGAAAACUCUCUGUAGGUAAUAAACAGUUUAAGCCCAAAUUACGAUCUGCACUCGAUUCUAAGGAUGCAGAUGUUUUUGGUAAAAUUGGUGUGGAUGAAGAGUGUGUCAUGCCUUUAAAAGCUGAAAGUUUACCUGAUGACGAUGAUGGUUACGAUCAAUUGGAAAUUAAUCGUGAUAGAAGACAUAUUCUAUUUUAUAAAUACAAACUUACCCUGCUGAUCCAUAAUAAACAUGGAAAAGCUAGAAUUGUUGAAGCCUUGAAAUUAUUCGACGAGAUGAAAAGAGAUGAUCGUAAAAAGAUGCGUCCCUUUUUUUAUACUUUAAUGAUCUCUGGUGCGGCCGAAAAUGGAUACACUGAAAAGGCAUUUGAAUUAUUCGAAGAAGCUUUAAAACACAAGCUCAAACCUACUGAUGCUACAUUUACUUCUCUGUUCAAUUCUUGUGCCGAAUGUCCUUUCAAAGAGAUGGGCCUUCAGAAAGCAGAAUGGUUAAGAAGAUGGUUACAAGAAAUAGGUAAACCUCUUCACCAAACUCAUUAUCAUGCUAUGAUUAAGGCUUUUGGAAAACUUGGUGAUAUUAAGACUGUUUAUGAAUUAGUCGAUGAAAUGAACCAGAAAGAGAUUGCUAUCGACACAUCAACUUUCAAUCAUUUAUUGGUUGCUGCUAUUAGUCAACCUGAGAGUGGAUUUGGUGAAGCAAUCAAAUUGUAUCGUCGAAUGCGAUUUCACAAAGUUCCAAGAGAUUUAAAAACAUACAAUCUUCUUUUAAGAGCAACUAAAAGCUGCGAAAUCGGAGAUAGGGAAAAAUUCAAAAAGUUAUUGCAUGAGUGGGUUAAUUUUGAAAAGAUUUUAUACCACGAAAAAAAGUUACCUCCCAAACGAGUCAACAUGAAAAAAUCAACAACACCCAGGAUUAGUUUCACUUCCGACAAAAUUUACGAUUACUUGCCUGAUGGGAGUGUUAAGCAAUUGGAAACAGAGAAUUACAACAUGGAAAUUACAGAGACAGUUAAUAGAAACGAAUUGUGUGUACAGGAUGAGCAAAAUAAGAUGAUGGAUAUUCCUAAUUUUCUGGUUUCAACUAAAUACAAUCGAAUGGGUGAUAUUUUAAAUAUAGAUUAUGAUUCUCUCAAGGAUUGGAAAAAUCGGUUCAUUCUCAUAGGUGGCAUGGAAGGAUUUCUAUUUCUUUUGGAAAGUGAAAAAUUAAAGCCAAACAUAAAAACUUUUACUGCUAUGUUAGACCUAAUACCAGAAGAUAAUCAAUCUGAGGAUAAUUUGAUCCAUUUACUUCAUCAAAGUAAAGUUGAAGCUGACACAGGAUUCUACAACAUAAUCAUCAAAAGACGUUGUUUUCGGGGUGAUAUAGUUGCUGCUAAGAAAACUUUUAGUGACAUGCAAAAAAAUAAUAUUCCUGUUGAUUUAGCAACUUUUGGUGUCCUUGCUUCUGGCUGUAAAAAUGUUAAAACUGCUAAUCAACUUUUAAAGGAUUUAGAAGCCGUUGGUUUCAGACCAAACAUCCAGAUUAUGGGAGCAAUGAUGAAAAAAGCAUGUCUAUCCAAAGAUAUCUUUACAAUGGAAUUGGUUAUGCAAAAAAUGACUCAAUUCAAAAUUCCAGCAGAUAAAAGAAUAAUUGAUGUACUGAGCCUGACGAUAGAAGAAAUUGACAAAUUACUUUGGAUGAUUGAAAAGGGCAAAGUGAAACCGUUUGGUCACUUUUUAAAUCCUAAGUUUGAAUCAAACUUCGAUAAAUUGAAGUCUUAUUUUGAAAAAUGGGCUGCCAAAACUGAUAUUGAAAUUUCUCAUCCAUGGGAUCAAUUUAAAUACAAACGUGAAGAUUGGCAAUAUUAUAAGAUGCGCCAGUAUGAAAAUACGGUGAAGUCAAAAAUAUUAGAAAGAUCUGAUGUUCAGAAGGCCGUAAAAGACGGUCAAAAGGUUAAUGUAAUGAAGCUAGUCUAUGACGUAUAAAUAAAAGUGUGUAAAGAAACAAAACAA